AUGCCCCCUAAAACCACAGAAACAGCCCCGGAAGCCAAACUCAGCCUCCCGGAAUGGCUCAAGGUCUUCACAUCCAGAGGUGUCGACAUGCGAGGAGCCAUGGCCUUGGCCGCAAAACUCUACAAGUCCCACGGUACUACUGCGCUUAUAUCACAGAUUAAGCCCGCUCAAAUAUCUGGUGUGACUGACGAUAAGGAGAAGACGAAAGUCAUCAACAAUGCGAUCAAAGCCCUUGCCGCUGGAGAGACUAUCAACAAGAAACGUGGGCGGGACAGCGAUCUGCUGCAGCCGCUGAAGAAUGAUGGCGAGGAUGAAGAGGCCCCGAUAGGACUAGGAUUUGCGGUCAAUACCGAUAUUGAGCAACUUCGAGGAGUCAAGAUUACUACAAACCGCGCCCCAGUCAAGACAGCCUGGGCAUAUACCAUUGCGCUACGCCUAGGCUUCUCUCAUCCAGAAUCACUCUCCCUUGCGCAAGCCUACGUCCACAUCAACAGCUUGAAACAUGCCCUAAAACUGGGUGGCAUCCUGGGGGAACAAGAAGCCAAGGAGGCGCGGAGAGAACUAGAGGAACUACCGGGUGGGGCUGAUAUGAGCCGUCUAGGAAGGGACAAGCGACAAAAGACUGCAAGAGGGUUAGGAGGAAGGGAUGUGCCUUUCGUGGGAGUUGGAGACAGUGCCCAGCCUUGGGUCGAUAUCCUGGGCGCGAAACCUAUAAUAGAAAGAUCUGAUGGCACUUGCCGUGCUAUACAGAAAGGUGUACCAGUCAAACCAGGCCAAGCAUACUCGUACAUAUCCAAAGCAUUCAAAGACAAAUCAUCACAAGCUAUGGGUGCUCUCAAGCUAGUCGCCGACUCUUAUGAAGUUGAGGAGCUCAACAGGCUGGGAAACGACAUGUAUAUGGAUUUCAAACCCGAUGUGGUCGAAUGGGGCCAAAGGGGGACGUUCGACCUGGAUAGUGUACUGGAGCAUGUCAAAGGUGCGGAGAUCAAGAGACUAGACGAGGGCGGCGAUGUGAACUCAGUUGUUGGUGACGAGGAUGACGGUGGCCCAGACUUGAAAGGUAGUGUGGAAGUAGAGCCGAGCGGAAAACAGUCCAUGACAUUGGAAGAGUACGAGGCGAUGUUGGACGAGGAGGCCUUGGAGGGUUUUCCAGAUCUCUGA